AUGGCAGCUAACCAGAGCGGUGCGGGUGCAUCCACGAAAAGCAAAUCCAAAGCGUACCUUUCCUCAGUUGCGAUUCAGAGUGACGCUACCAAGUAUCGCCAAAAGUACAAAGAGCUCAAGCGCAAAGUGCACGAAAUUGAGCAGGAAAAUGACAAGCUUCAUGUGAUGUCUUUGCGGAUCAAACGUAAUAUCAAAAGGCUUUUGCUGGAACGAUCCAUCCUCUAUGAUCGUAUGGAAUCUGAAAUGCAUACUAUGCAGUCACAUGUUGUCGACGCGUCCCCAAAAGAAGCUGAUGAAACGACAACUGCGAAGCUGGAAGACUCAGCGGUACUUGAUGAUGCUGAUGCGACCGCUGCGCCUACGACGACGAUCCUCCAGGAAAAAUUGGAGCAAACCGAAGAUAGCACACCGUCGGACGCGGCGCAUGGUUAUGAGCAGCAUCAGGGCGAGUUUAGUGAACAGGACGUGGAUGUUUCCGCUCAGCUCGAUGAAAUCAGUUGA